AAUGAAAGUAAACAUGAGAUCAGACAUGGAAACGGGUGUUAUCACUAUUAUGUAAUUACAUUAACAAUAAGUGUUUCUGUGAGUGUAUCGAUGCAGCCAAUGUCGUGACAUCCAUGCUGCUGAAAGUAACAGCAUUUAAUUCUGCGGUUCCUCGUUUCGGAAAAAGUUAUUUACAUUUUCAGAAUUAGACAUAGUAAGCUCGUAUUUACUUCGUAAAUAUGACAUUUACGUUUGGGAAAGCGUGCAUUCUUUUGCUGGUUUGCGAUAUCUUGGUGGCCGUGUUGGGAGAAGAUGAUGAAUGGAUCGAUCCCACCGACAUGUUUCAGUAUGACGAGACCUCGAAAACAAUGACACGAAAGCUUAGAGAUCACAAGAAAAGUCCUCCCGUUGCAACUAAUGGAGCCGAUAAGGAAGAGAGCCGCUGCUACGCAGAGCAGCGGGCGCUGCGCGUCUUACGGAAAGAGAUUCAAAAUGUAAAACUGAAAGCUCACGAUUUUAUGGAACAAGAAAGUUUGAACCUGGAUCCAGGAAGCAAACUGGCCCACCUGAUCAACAGCAUUCAACACUUAACUGACCUGAAUGACGAGGAUUUUCAUACUAUUCCAAAUCAGUGCCUUACCUACUGUAUAAAAAUCAGAACAUCUACUAUGAUGCUGUUGGACAGAUUUGUGCCAGAACUACUAAAGAUUAUGGCUUUCUUGUCAGAACGGAACGCACACUGGCUUCUCCUCGCAGUGACACUCCUGCCCUUGUUUGUCUACAAGCUAGCAAAAUGCUUCAGAAGACAUGGGGAGCAGCAGCAGCAGGAAGAGCCCGGAGAAAUUGAGCGUCCUGAGGCCAACCAGCCCCCUGUUCACCAGAAUAAUGGCCAACCAGGGGAAGAAGAGCAAGAGCACAUUAUGGAAAAUCCCCUACACAUGCCUGCUGAGGUCCUGGGGUAUGAAGCAGCAAACAGCGAAGAUCCAGGACAGCAGUCCAUGACGGAGGAUUGCUACGAUGAGAAUUAUGAGCUCAUCAAGCCACCCAUGCCAGAAACUCAGCCAGCCAGCCAUUACUGGUCACCAGCGCACAAUGGAAGGUGACUAACAAGGGAACACCUUGGACUUUAUUCUACUUUUAAACGGAGAGAAAGUGGCAACUUCAACAUUUAAAUUUUGUGUUUUGCAUGUGCUACUUCUGAACAUGUGCCAAGAACAUUUUUUUCUUAUUACUCCUAUGUUGUAGUUUGAAUAUAAACCAGAAGGUCAGAACAGUGGCAGCAUGAACGGUGUGGAAUUUUAGUCCGUAGAAUUUGCACCCUUCCUUUGAUGACCUUCACUGAAAUUGAGUGUGGGAGCCAUUCAUUUUUUUGUUGUUGUGGUGGUUGACAUUAGGUGGCAGUUUGGGCUGAAUAAGCAAUAGGUCACAGUGACAAGAGGGGAGAGGAAAACCCUUAAAACGCCGGGGUCAGGGGCGUAGGGGUGAGGUGGCAAGGAGAUCAUAUGGUUUUUACCGAUAAUAUGCCAUAAGAGUGGUUCUCAAACUCGGUCCUGGGGACCCACUGCCCUGCUUGUUUUCCAGCUAUCCCUGCCCUAAACACUGCUGAUUGACUGAACACACCUGAUCCAGGUAAUCAGAAGCUGAAAGACAGCUGGGGCUUGUGUGUGGGGUUAGGGAUAGCAGGAAAACAAGCAGGGCACUGGGGCCCGAGGACCGACUUUGAGAACCACUGCCGUAAACUAUUGUAACCCUCACGCUGUGGUAAUUGUAACCUUUAUAAUAUUAUUAUUAAAUGGGAACUUGACCCAAAGAUCAAA